GCAUUCGCCAGGUGGCGUAGCUAUUCAGUUUCGAAGCACGGUUUUAACCUAUACCGAAUAUUAUUAUAAUAUUUUCAUAACCACCCAGCUAAACCGAUUUUGAACUUUUAUCUGUAUUUAUCUUUAAAAAUAAUCGUUCACAUUUUGCAACUUUCACCAACAAACGAUAUUGUUAUGUAUGUUAUCGCGUUAAAUAUUUACAAUGUGAUUAAUUUGUUAUUGAACAAAGGAAGAACAUGUACAAGUUAAACAUUCUAUUAUUCUUUUACUGUUUUGCAACUGCUGCUGUUUUUGCUCAGAGCACACCUGAUAAUUUUUGUAUAAUUCUUGAACCAGUUCUAAGGACUUUUUCCUACAACUUGACAAGUCUUUCAAAUCCUGAAAAAGAUGUUAUUUUACAUUAUGAAUAUUUGAAUGAAACUAUACGAUUACAACUAUGUACUUCAUUAAAACAAAAAUGCAAUGGAAAGUAUGGAUACAGUAUUUGUUUGACAAGAAAUAAUGAAGAGAAAGGGAUAGGGAAGAUGCCUCCAAAAGUAGAUAUAGAAAAUGGUAGAAUAAUGUUUGUAUUUAGUGGAGAUGAUUGUACAUCUGAAACUAAAUAUAAUGUAAAUAUUGUUAUGAAAUGUGAUUAUGAAGCUGGAAACAAUUCUUUCCCUGAGUUAUUUUAUCAUACAUUGACCCAAUGUAAUUUAUAUAUGGUAUGGAAAACUGCUCUUGCUUGUGGACCUAGAAUUACACAAAGCUGUACAGUAACAGAUAAUGGAUUGCAUUAUGAUUUAUCUCCUUUAACAAGAUAUUCACAAAAUUAUGUUAUUCAUAUGGGUAAUAAAACAUCUCCAAAAAUUAUAUUAAAUGUAUGCCAUUCUGUGAUAUUUGAGUACAAUGCUCUAUGUCAAAUGCAUUCGGGAGCUUGUUUACAAGAUGCCUCAAAAUCUAAAUACGUGAAUUUGGGUGAGGUGCAACAUUCACCAUUUUUAGAGGAUGGAAAAUUAAAACUUGUAUAUCAGGAGGGAGAUAUGUGUAAAAUGAACAUUACAGAACCACAUAUUAAGACUACUAUUUCUUUUAUAUGUGACUUUGAAGCUAUGGAGACAAUACCAGAAUAUGUUGGAGGGAAUGAAGAAUGUCAUUACCAAUUAAUAUGGAAAACUGCAGCAGCCUGCAGUGUAGAAUCUUUGCGCAACCAUAGUGCAAUAACUGCUGGCAAAUGUACAGUGAAUAAUCCUCUUACAAAUUUUACGUACGAUUUACGACCCCUGAUGAAUAAUGACUCUUAUAUUAAUGCACAGAACGGAAUAAAGUAUCAAUUUGGAGUAUGUAAAUCACCUAAGAAUUCAAGCUGUGUAUCUGGAACAGGAGCUUGUCUCACUAAAAAUAGUACAUCUAUGGGAAGAGCAAAUACAAAUCUUAUGUGGGAAGAAGGUGGACCUUAUCUAAAUUACACAAAUGGUGAUCUUUGCGAAAAUGGGCAACGUCGUUACACAGUUAUUGCAUUUUUAUGUGGAGCAGAAGGAUCUCCAAAUGAACCACUUGUAAUGGAACAAAAUUCGUGUCAGUUAAUUAUACAUUGGAACACUAAUUUAGUUUGCGAAAAAAGGAUAAAGUGUGCUACGGAUGAUGAUGAGAUAAAUUUAAGUUCAUUGAUAAGGUCUACUAAUAAUUAUGUCGUAAAAGUGAAUAAAACUGAGUUUCAUAUAAAUAUAUGUAGACCGUUGGUCCCGGUACCAGGUUUAACAUGUGCACACGGCAGUGCAGGUUGCAAAGCUUCAAUAAGUCCAACUAAUGAGUAUGUAAACGAAGUCAGUUUAGGAUUCCCAAAAGAAAGUCCUAUAAUAAAUAGUGAUCAUGAAACAGUGUUGCGAUACAUAGGUGGGUCACCUUGCCCGGAAAAUUUAAACAAAUUAAUUUCUACGAAUUUCACAUUUCCAUGCCGUUCUAACGAUAAGGGAUCUCCAGAAUUCAAAGGAUACAAAGACUGUACUUAUAUGUUUGAGUGGAAAACAAGUAUUACAUGCGGAGCUGUAAUGGGAAAUUGGACUCCUCCUUGUAUCAUAAAAGAUCAGUUACUUUCGCAUGAAUGUAAUCUGUCUUUGUUACAUAAAAAUCAACCGGUAUAUUAUGUAAAGAAUAAACAAGGAAAAACAUAUAGUAUAUGUAUAUGCGGAGGAAUAAAGCUCUGUAAUAAUUCUGCCAUUUGUCAAGGAAACAAUGGUUAUGGAUCACUAACAAAUGUAAUUUUUGAUUAUGGUAGGAAUAUUAUAAAAUUGCACUAUUCUAAUGGUGGCAAAUGUAAUGUAAAUAGUUCCUAUACAUCUGACGUGCGAUUUAUAUGCAAUGAAUCUAUAGGAAUUGGCGAACCAAAAUUACUAUGGGAAUCGCAGUGCAACGCAGAAUUCGAAUGGCAUACUAAUGUUACUUGCACUUGUCAGUCAAACUCUCAGCAGCCUACUGCUUCUACAAAUGUACAUGAAAUCGUGCAAGACUUUUCUGCUAGUCAUACUGGUACAGUGGCAGGUAUCGUGUUAAGCGUUAUCGUCUUGGUAGCAGCAUUUCUUUAUUUUAGAGAUCCUGAUAAAAGAGCUUGUUUCCGUUCUUGUUUCAAUCCCUUUUCCUCGAGAAGAGGCAGUGGCCGUGUUCAGUAUUGUAGGGUCGAUACAACGGAAGAAGCUCGUCUUCUGCUUGAUGUUGACCCCACACAGUGUCAAACGGAUAGUGAUGACGAUAUGCUGAACGCGUAGUAAGUUUCAAAUGAAGUAAGUAACAUUUACAAAAGCAGAAAAUGAGUUAUGCUGUCGUGAAAUAUCUCUUCGUUUAGCUUGCUGCUAUAGACUGACAUUCAUUUUGAAAUUUGUUAUAGUAGUUACGCUGCAUAAAAUGUUGGAAUAUUUAUAUGUAUUAUAUGGUACUAUGUGGUAAGAUCGUUUAAUAUUUUUGUAUCAAAUGUUUCUUUUCCUGUGACUCAACAAUAUGUCUGAAACGGUAAAGAAACAGCAUAAUAAGAGGCUUUCUAGUAACUAAAGACCAUAUUAUUACUUUAAUUGUUUAGAAGAAUUUUCAGAAUGACAAUUGAAUAGUAUGGUUAAAAAAAGGUGCAUAAUAUAUAUUUUCUUUUUUAAAUUCACUUAUUUUCUGAAUUAGCAUUCUUACAAAUUCGUAAGAAAUAAUUUCUCUUCUAUUAUACUUUUUUUUUAAUUAAUCCCGAUAUAUUGUUACAGAAUAUAUUAUUUUUUAUUUUUAAACUCAUUCAAAAAUUAUAGUUAGUGAAGUCGUAGUAAAUGUUCGAACGGAUGAUUUUCAGUAUCAAUUUUUUAUUUAUUUGUACCGUGAUACUAAUUAAGAGAACGUGAUAUAAAAAAAAUUCAACAGCAAGACUGGUUAAUUUGUCGUGAAAUUAUCCCUAAUCUUGUUUAGAACCGUAGAAAUGAUUAGGUUUACUGCGCUGAUGGACAAUUAUUAAUAAAUUUUAUUUUACUUAUUCAAGGAAUGGAAUUUGCAGUCAAAUUCUAAAUAUUUUAAUAUCACAGUUUACAAAUUGCUUAAGAAUCAUAUUAUCAAAGAAACUAAUUUUUAUGCAACUGAUGAGUAACUUUAUUUUUCAAGCUUGACGUUGUUAACUUUUCUUUGAUAGUGUAUGUAGAUUAUUAAUUGCAUUUUUUUUUUUAUAUGUAUCAAUGCAAAUAGCAAAGAAGAGUAUAGAUUUUAAUACAUUUGGUAGACAUUCCAGUAUAUUUUUAUUUGUUAAAUGAAAAAUUUUAUUUCAUGUUUGCAGUUUCUUGUUAUGUGAUAAUAAGUAUUUAAAUUGUUUCAUCAUUUUUGUUACAAUUAUUAAAGAUUUCAAACACUGAUUUAACGAAAUAUUGUAUAUUCUUAUUAUUUCUUAAGUACUUCAUGUAAAACAGACCAUUUUACAUUUAAAUUUUUUACAAUUUAUAAUGUAUGUAAAAUGCAAUAUAAACAAAGCAAUAUAAUAUACGAUAAUAGAGAAACAGUACCAACCUAAUUCUACAGAAACUUCAGUUAUUUAAUUUUUUUUAUCAUAGAUGAAAUUGUCCAAAUUGCGAUUCAAAAUUUCUGUACUAGUCAAAAUAUCUUGUUAUAGUUUGGGAGUAAAUAGCUUUGUAUCUGUUCUAUUUAUAAAAUAUUUCUUAAUUACGGGUUGUGUGCUCGUUGUAUCUUUGCAAUUAUGCAUACAUGUAUUUAUAAGGGGAUACUUAAUGUGUGUAUAAAACAGAUCAAGAUUUUUAAAUAAUGAUGUAUCUGUAAAUAACAUUUGCACUGAUAA